GUGCAUCCUCACGCGAAACGUGUACACAUGAAUCAUCAUGCAACACUAGAAAGAUGACAAUUUCUAUGGAAAAAAAUGGUCCAUUAAAAAAAAAGAUGGUCCCAUUUAGAAAAAGGCACCAUUCUGAUAGAAUAGAGGCUUCAAUAAUCUUGGUAAAUAUAUUGCAUUUCCAUAGUAAUUAUGAAAAUAAAACUCUAAUACUGCAAACUUAGGCCCCUGCCGUGAUGUCCACCCACUAAAUGCAAUUUGGAUCUUGCAUGUGAGAUGGUUCAAACUUUUUUAGUUUUAGUUUUAGGAAACACACUGUUGACAUAAAACAGAAGCCAUUGCGGUUGUUAAUGCACCUCUGUCAGUCUUGCUUGCCUUUUAAUAUUAAUACCAAAGAUUUUCAUCAGCUGUGCCCUCUUGAAGCUUACCAACAGCUAGAUCACCAUCUAGUGGUUGUUUCCCACAACUGGAGUAUCCAGUUACAUUUACAGGCUGGUGGUGAUGGGGUGAGGUAUACCAGAUACCCGCAGAGGUAUUCCACCUCCCCCCUCUCCUCCCCUCACCUCCCCUCUCCUCCCCCCUAACACAGCAGUCCAUCUUUUCUGUCGGUAUUCGGAGCAUUUGCUUCACUGGCUGUAUUUAUGGGUGUUGAAGCCUCUGAUCGACAGGCUGGACGUGAGUAGGACUCACAAGCCGCACAGCUGAAAAUGUGGUGUGUUUAAAUGAGUGUGUGUGUGUGUUUUCUGUCCACAUGUGUGCACAGUAGACGAUUAAUUUACUUAACUAAAAACUGUGGCGACACAAAUCUGGGUGAGAUGAUUACUGUAAUAAGAAAUAAGAGCAGAAACCCUCAUUUUAAAGACAGUUCUGAGGCUCAAUUAAUCAAAGUCAAUUAGGGGUACUUCAAAGAAUCAGUUUUAUAUUGUCUGGCUAACCUCUCAUGAUGACCGGCGCUGAUCAAAGUGAAGAGCAGUGACUUCUCUCUGAUGUCAUGCGAGCGGAUGUUGUAGUCAGGAUCGACCAAGAGGCGGAAUGACUUUAGGUCGGGCUUCACUGUAGAGCGAAUGACGACUGAGGUGUUCAGGGACCUGCCCUUUCUCACGUUACGCACACACACACAUUUGGACGCAGGAGGGCUAGCUCUGCUGCUUUAUCGUUGUGUGUGUCUGUGUGCAGUGGUUGUUAGGGUUGAAGUGUCGACAGCACAGAGCAGCACAUCAGUGAACAGUUCUGACCGAGCUUCCCUCUAUAAACUAUGAUCUGCUUUGUGGAAUCACACACACACACACACACACACACACACACACACUCCGGGGAUGGGUCUUCCCGUCGUUGCGUCCCUCUGUCCCUGCGUAUGUGACACAGAUACUAGACAGGUGUUUGCUGGCCGUCACUCGGACAGGAAUAGUGGGUUGACAUCAUGCGUUGGUUCGGGUUGCUGGCCACAGACAAAGGUCUUUACAUGGGCCGCGCGUCCUGAGAGAAGAGCUGGGAGACAGAGGGUCAGCGGGGCCCGACCGGGAGCCGGAGCGGACUGUGAUGGGGGGUGUGUGGGAGGGUCCGAGGGAGGGUUAAGGACACACACUGGCACUCACACUUGUGGGAUGAGGGACCUCACAUCUCCUUCAGGUACGGACGUAGGUGGACACACAGUCCCACACACUGUGUACGCAGAGCUGCAGCGGGGGGAGAGCGUGGUGGAAAAACAGGUGAAAGAAGCUCGUACCAAAUGCCGCUCUAUUGCCUCUUUGCUGACUGAUGCUCCCAAUCCCAACUCCAAGGGGGUGCUUAUGUUCAAGAAACGCCGGCAGAGGGCCAAGAAGUACACGCUGACCUGCUUUGGCAAGGCAGAGGGAGAUAGAGGAGGGGAGACAGAAGGAGACACAGGAGGGGAGACGGAGGAGGAAGGAGGAGGCUCCGUCCUGAGUGGUUCAGAAGUCGAUGAAGAGGGAUUCUCAGCCUCGUUUGACCCCACGUGGGACACCGGUUAUCUAGACCUGCUGGACAGGAAAAGCUCUGCCUGCCCAUCAAGCACACCGGCGACGACUCCGACAACGCCAACAACCAAUCACAGCGCAGGGCUGGACAUCUCGAGCCAUCAGACACCGGGACUGUGGACUUCUGUGAAUCAGAGCCCAGGGUUGGAGGUCUCAGGGCUGGAGAGCUCAGCCUAUCAGGGCCUAAGGCUGGAGAGCAGCAUCAGGAAGCAGCCAACCGGUAGCCAGCCUGCACAAAUGUCUCCGCCAGCCGUGGCUCUGACCAACGGGUCGCUGGCUGUCAGUCGGGCCAGUGUAGUUCUGAACCCGCCCUCUCAGAUGCCCCCUCCAAGUCAACACGGGAAGCACCCUAAUCCUGGUCCCAUCCCAUUCACAGACUCCGAUCAUCCCCUGAAUCCAAAUGUUCUGAACCGCACUGCACGUCCCUUCACUGCAGGGUCCUCCUCUCGUGCAUCCGUAACCUCUGUGAUGUUCCGACCUCCGCAACCCAAACCCACGGCCGCGACCACGCCGUCCAGACCAGUAGCGGCCGUCUCCAUGGUGACUCUCCAACCUACUCUUCAUCCAUCAGGGGGAGAUACAAGGAGAGCUGUGUCUAGCACCUCACUGUACAUCCCUCCCAGAAACAACAGCAACAUUCCCCCCUCCCUUUACUCUCCCCCUUCAGCUCUUUCUCCCCCCUCCUCUCUGUCUUCUGCACCUUUCUCCCAGCCCGCCACCAAUCCAUCCACUUUUUCCCCUCAGCCCGCACUGUAUGCUUCCCCCUCCGUCCCGUUCUCUCCUGUUUCACCUCAAGGUACCUCUUUCUGUCCGUCUCCUGCUCAGGGCUUCUCCCCUUCAUCUCCACAGGCAUUUUCCUCUCCUCCUGCUCCUUAUUUAACUCCCUCAACCUACUUUUCUGCCUCUCCCAUCACCCCGCCACAUCCCCCUAAUCUGGCUCAGGUCUCCUUCCAUGCCCACCCCACCCCUCCUCCGCCCACCCAGCCUUUUCCAUCUCCAUCAGUUCACACUUACAGCAACGUGACGGGCGACGUGACUCCUGGCCCACCCGCUGCCACAGCAACUGCACCGCCGCCCCAGGCUUCUCUGGCAACUCGGGAGGAGCGCAUCUCGGUCCCCGCCGGACGCACCGGCAUUCUGCACGAUGCCCGUCGGCGUAGCGGCAAGAAGCCGAUGUUCUGCUCAGUCCAGAACAAAGAUGUUUCUCCGAACCCGGACCUGCUGUCGAUGGUCCAGAACAUGGACGUUCACUUUGGGAGUGGCCCCGGGGGCCUCCCGGGGACUCCGAUUGUUGCAACUGGAGCUGCACCGAGUGGGGAGACUGGACACGAGUCAGGGCCGGAGGAGGACUGGCUGAGGCUGGGGGCGGAGGCCUGCAACUUCAUGCAGGCCCAGCGGAAAACCAGGCCACCUCCUGUAGCUCCUAAACCUCAAACCCCUCAGGUGCCACAGAUGGAAGGGAAGGGAGGCGAGCUGUUUGCCCGCCGGCAGAACAGGAUGGAUCGGUACACUGUGGAGCGGUCUCCCUCUGUUGCUGCGGUGCCUUACUCUCCUGCCCGGCCUAGAGAGUCAUCACCCACGCCUUCUCUCCCUUCCACCUGGAAGUACUCAUCCAGCAUCCGUGCUCCUCCUCCCAUCAGCUACAACCCCCUUCUCUCUCCUUCCUGCCCUCUGAAGGUCCAGAAGAAGCCCGUGGUGGCAAAGUCGGGGCCAGCUGGAUCUAAAGGGCAGAAAAAGGGCCUGAAGUCUGUGGACAUUAUGAGCCACCAGCCCUACCAGCUCAAUUCUUCUUUGUUCAGCUAUGGGGGUGGCGUCCCUAUGGACACCUCCACCUAUCAGCAGCAGAAAGGAAUGACAAGUGGUCCUCAGAAGACAACGAGAGUAUAUGAGGUGAAGCGCUUCUCCACACCCCCACCGACAUCCACGGGGCCCGCGCUCAAAGUUAUUGUCCCUCGAUCAGCGACGACACUCGGUGAGCCGCUGCGGCGCUCCGACCUCCAAUCUCCUCCACCUGCGGCAGGCCACGCCCCCCGCCAAGCCUAUCAUCCUCAACCGCAACACUUCCAACCUCAGUGGGCCACCUCCCCGCUGUCGCCCCCACCUGCCCCAACCGCUCCACUCCCUCAGCUCCCCAACUUCUCCGCCACUCAUGCUUCGAUUCCGGUCCAGUCCCCGACUUUCUCCCACCUUCCGCCCUGCGACACGGCGCCGGCCAGCAGGCAGUUCAAGAGUGCUCCGGAUCUGAGUCCCUCUGGGCCGCCCAGCAGCAGUCUACCUAACCGGGUCCCCAGGCCCAGGUUCAGCACCUCCAACCUUGGUCUGCAGCCUUGUGUGUGGCGCCCUGGUUCCACCGCGCACUGAUCCGACCCUGGUGUGGACAUAAUGAACCACGGCUCGGUCCAUGUGUUUUUAGUGUAACGUUGUUAUUCAGGGCUGCAGCUUUUUUUUUUUUUUUACCAGCCACGUUUUUUCACAAAAUCUGUUUUAACCGACCACCCAUGUAGCACAUUUGAUCACUUACAUUUAAUCUCUGACUGAUUUAUACAAUGCAUUUGGCUGUAGUUAGAGAAAACACCAUGUUUUGCAAAGGAAAUGUGUGGAAUUCCCAAAUAUGUGGAACGAAAUUGAAAUCCACAGCAGAUUGAAAGGACAGAAAGAGAUGUUGGGGAAACUGAAAUGAAGUUCUGUAGAUAUCAUAUGUAAUGAUUAAGAAUUAAGUUCAAACUUAGAAAAAGAAGAAGGAUGUGAAAAAACAAGACGGUGGUCGUGAAUGAGAAAAAGACGAAGAGUAAAGCACGGAUGAAGUGACAAAAUAGAAACGUCUGAUGAGAAAAAGGUGCAGAUUUGACUCAAAACUUCACAUUCUGUUGCAUCCAGCAAUAUCUUAUCAAGUUGAUUUACUAACACAUUUUAAGUAGCUGCUUUUACUGUAAUUUCCUGUUAUAUUUAUUCUACCUUUUUGUGUUUGAUGAUUGCAUUUAUUUCCGUUGCAGUGUGUGCUUUGGUUUCUGUAGUUUUUCACCGGUUGAAGAGCACAGCUGCCAGGAUGAGUGGAAGCCUUUUGCCGUAGCUUUGAUUUCUGAUUUGUUGAUAUGAAACAAGAGAUGUAUAACAUGUCUGUUUAGCUGUUUUCCACAGAGGCAUGUGGCUGAAUAAAAAUAGACACGAGUCACCUCAGCUGU